AUGGAGCAGAGUAAUAAAGCCCAUCGUAAAACGAAGGAAAAGAACACAGCCAAGAAGAAACUGCAUACACAAGGUCAUAAUGCCAAGGCCUUUGCAGUUUCGGCACCUGGAAAGAUGGCAAGACAGAUGCAAAGAUCUAGUGAUGUCAACGAGAGAAAGUUGCACGUUCCUAUGGUUGAUCGUACUCCUGAUGAUGAUCCACCUCCAGUGAUCGUUGCAGUUGUUGGACCUCCAGGUACAGGUAAGACUACUUUGAUUAAAUCAUUAAUUAGAAGAAUGACCAAGACCACUUUAAAUGAUAUUAAUGGUCCCAUCACUGUUGUUUCAGGUAAACAUAGAAGAUUAACGUUUAUUGAAUGUCCUGCUGAUGAUUUGAACUCCAUGGUUGAUGUAGCUAAGAUAGCUGAUCUAGUAUUACUAUUAAUUGAUGGUAAUUUUGGUUUUGAAAUGGAGACAAUGGAAUUUUUAAACAUCGCCCAAACACAUGGUAUGCCUAGAGUUCUGGGGGUUACUACCCAUUUAGAUUUAUUUAGAUCUCAAUCUACUUUAAGAACUUCUAAGAAGAGAUUAAAGCAUAGAUUUUGGACAGAAGUGUAUCAAGGUGCAAAGUUAUUCUAUUUGUCUGGUGUAAUCAAUGGUAGAUACCCUGACAGAGAAAUAUUAAACUUGAGUAGAUUUAUCUCAGUUAUGAAAUUUAGACCAUUGAAAUGGAGAAAUGAACAUCCUUAUUUAUUAGCCGAUAGAAUUACAGAUUUAACUCAUCCAGAAAAGAUUGAAAGAGAAGGGAAACAAAUUGAUAGAAAAGUUGCAUUAUACGGUUAUUUACAUGGGACUGCAUUACCUUCUAUUUCUGGUACCAAAGUUCAUAUUGCUGGUGUAGGUGAUUUCCCAAUAUCUCAAGUGGAAAAAUUACCAGACCCUUGUCCAACUCCAGGUUAUCAACAAAAAUUGGACGAUUAUGAAAGAGAAAAGAUGAAGGAAGAAGGUAGUACGUCAGUAACACCAAAACGACGUAAGAGAUUGGAUGACAAAGAUAAAUUAAUUUAUGCUCCAAUGUCUGAUGUAGGAGGGAUUCUUAUGGAUAAAGAUGCAGUUUAUAUCAAUGUUGGUAAGAAAAAUGAAGAUGAAAGUUUUGUCCCAGGUCAGGAGAGAGGUGAAGGUGAAAAAUUAGUUACAAGUUUGCAGCUAGCUGAAAAGAGUAUUGCAGAAAAUUUUGAAGGUGUUGGUAUCCAAUUAUUUAGUAAUGGUACUGAAUUACACUCCGUUGAACCUGAAGAAGACGAGUUCGUCGAAGAAGAAGAACAAGUGGAAGGUAGCAAUAAAGGUAGAGCUAAUAUGAGAAAACCAAAGGUUUAUGGUAAAUCUAUUCAAGAAGAUGAUGAUGAUAUCGACUUGGAUGCUAUUCCAAGUGACGAUGAAAAUGAAGAUGUGGAAGAUGAUAGCGAACCAAGAAUGGAGGAAAUUGAUUUUGGAGACAACAAUAAAAGCACCAAUACUGCAGAGACUGAUUCGGAAUUUGAGCUAAGUGAUAAUGACGACAAUUGGGAAACUGAUGUUGCCAAUAAAUUACAAGCGAAUAAAACUAAGCGUCGUAGAAAAUGGGAUAUUGGAAAACUUAUAUAUAUGAACAAUAUUGAACCUGAGGAUUGUAUUAAGAGAUGGAAGGGUGAAGAUGAAGAAGACGAAAGUGAUGAUGAAGGAGAGAGCGAUAUUGAAAAGGAUGAACAAGAAUUCUUCACUAAAAAAACCGGGGUCAUGGAUCAAAACAAGGAAACUUUUAAUGAUUUAGAAAAAUUUGUUCCAUAUUUUGAAAAGAUUGAAAAAUUAGUUGAAAAAUGGAAAUCUCUGGAUUCAAUUAACGAUAGAUUUAUUGGUGCCUCUAUGAAAUCUAAAACUGAGGACGCUGAAGGCGAUUCUAAUGAAGAUGAGGUAUUUGGUGAUUUUGAAGACUUAGAGGACGAAAAUCAAGAAGAAGAAAAUCAGGACGAAGUAGAAGAUGAUGAAGGAGAACAGUCAGAUGAUUCUUUCACAAACUUCGAUAAAGAAGAGAAAAAGGAUCUAACCAUGGAUGAAGAGCGUGAACUAAAUGCAGCUAAGAAAGAGAAAUAUCGUAAACAAUUUGAAAUUGAAGAAGGUGAAAAUUUCAAGGAAGAUGACCCAGAUAAUGAAUUUGAUACAUGGUACGAAUUGCAAAAGGCUAAAAUGGCAAAACAAUUGGAAAUUAAUAAGACAGAACUAGAUGAUAUGACUCCGGAACAACGCCAAAAAAUUGAAGGUUAUAAAGCAGGUUCAUAUGUCCGUAUUGUAUUUGACGAUGUUCCUAUGGAAUUCAUUGAAAAUUUUGAUGCAAGAUUCCCUAUCAUAAUGGGUGGGUUAUUACCAACUGAAUUGAAAUUCGGUAUUAUCAAGGGUAGAUUAAGAAGACAUCGUUGGCAUAAGAAGAUUCUAAAGACCAAUGACCCAUUGGUUGUUUCUCUUGGUUGGAGAAGAUUCCAAACAUUACCAAUCUAUACUACUACCGAUUCUAGAACAAGAACAAGGAUGUUGAAAUAUACCCCAGAGCAUACUUUUUGUAAUGCUAGUUUCUAUGGGCCAUUAUGUUCUCCAAAUACACCAUUCUGUGGUGUUCAAAUCGUAGCAAACAGUGAUACGGGUGGUGGUUUCAGAAUUGCUGCCACUGGUGUUAUUGAAGAAUUAGAUGUUGAUACAGAAAUUGUUAAGAAACUGAAGUUAAUUGGUUAUCCUUACAAGAUUUUCAAGAAUACAGCAUUCAUUAAAGAUAUGUUUUCAAGUGCUAUGGAGGUUGCUAGAUUUGAAGGUGCACAAAUUAAGACUGUUUCUGGUAUCAGAGGUGAAAUCAAAAGAGCAUUAUCUAAGCCUGAUGGACAUUUCAGAGCUACAUUUGAAGAUAAGGUUUUAAUGAGUGACACUGUUAUAUUAAGAUCAUGGUAUCCAGUUCGUAUCAAACGUUUCUAUAAUCCUGUGACAUCUUUACUUUUGGAGAAGAAGACAGAAUGGAAGGGUGUAAGAUUAACCGGUAAGAUUAGGGCCGAUCUAAAUAUUGAGACUCCAACUAACCCAGAUAGUGCAUACAAGAAGGUUGAACGUGUUGAAAGACAUUUCAAUGGUUUGAAAAUUCCAAAGGCUAUUCAAAAGGAUUUGCCAUUUAAGUCUCAAAUUCAUCAAAUGAAACCUCAAAAGAAGAAAACAUAUAUGGCUAAGAGGGCUGUCGUCAUGGGCGGUGAAGAAAAGAAAGCUCGUGCAUUUAUGCAAAAGGUGUUGACUAUAUCAAGAGCUAAGGACGAGAAGAGAAAAUCCAAAAAGGCUGAUCAACGUAAGGAAAGAUUAAAGAGACUUGCUAAGACAGAGGAAGCUAAAUUAGAAAAGGAAAAAGAGAAGAAGAAAGAAUAUUUUGCUAAGAAUGGUAAAAAGAGAAGUAGUACUACUGAAGAUAGUAGAGGUAGUAAGAGAAGAUAG